AUGAUAUCAUACGCCAACAAACCCACGACGGAGGAGGAAGAGUCUUUGAAUUCCAAUAUUAGCCCAAAGAAACGGCCUCGAUUGGAAAAGUUGAAAGGAGUGGUCCCACAACCAAACGGGCAUUGGGGUGCCCAAAUAUACGCAAACCAUGAGCGCAUAUGGCUCGGGACGUUUGGAUCACAAGUCGAUGCUGCCAUGGCUUACGACAGCGCGUCCAUCAAGCUCCGUAGUGGAGACUCUCACAAAAACUUCCCUUUAUCCGAUACCACCUCUCUCUUGGAGACUAAGUUCCAAAUGCUUUUCACCACCAAUGCCGUUUUGGGCAUGAUCCGAGACGGGUCGUACCCCUCCAAGUUUGCCGAUUUCUCAAAACACCAAUCACAAAACCGGAAAGCUGAUCACGACCCAUUCUCUUGCACACUACUUUUCCAAAAGGAGUUAACUCCGAGCGAUGUGGGCAAGCUCAAUAGGCUUGUCAUCCCCAAGAGGUAUGCGGUCCUGCAUUUCCCGAGCGUGCCCGAUUCUCAAAACACGGAUGAGGUGCAACUCGAGUUUUACGACAGGAAGAUGAGGUUGUGGAAGUUCCGCUACUGCUAUUGGAAGAGUAGCCAGAGCUUUGUGUUCACGAGAGGUUGGAAUAGAUUUGUCCGAGAGAAGGGGUUGAGGCCGAAUGAUACCAUCGCAUUUUACAUGUGUAACACACGAUUCGGGCAAUCGUUUCUUGUGAUUGACGUGGUGUGGAAAAAAUCAGGACUUGGUGAUGGUAACGAAGAUCACAAUGUGAAGGUAGGAGACGGAGACACUUUUUUUAGGACGUUUGACCAUUCGACUCCCAACCACAACUCCAAAGGGUUUAGGCUCUUUGGGGUCCAAAUUGUCGACUAA